AAACUCAACCGACGUGUUUCAUUCCAAAGGCAGAAGAUGGCACCAUCCGGCGUCUGCAACCUUUUCUCCUUUCUUUUUUCUUUAUUUCUAUACUUUUAACAGAGGUUUUAUUUUAUUUUCACUUGUAUCAAAAAAACCACCUUACCAGCGCAGCCAGCAACAAGCCUUAGCAAGCAGUAACAUACCAUCUGAAUUUAGCCAAUUUUUCAUCUUUAAGAUCAUAUUUUAUACAAAGGCCUUAAAAUGAGUGCGGCCCAAUCAAACACACAUCAAUCUUUCAAUUCGCGCGGCGGCAAGUUCUCGCGCGGCAGCAACGCGCGUUCUUCCUCGUCUCUGGAAGAGGCAGCCGAAUUCAAGAGUCUUCGCAACAGUUACUCUAACAGCCUCAAGACGCUGAACGAAAUGUUCCCCGACUGGACAGACGCCGACCUACUUUCCGCUAUUAAGGAGGCCGACGGCAAUCUGGAAAUCACCAUUGCCCGAAUCGCUGAAGGCCAUGCUACGCAGUGGGGAGAGGUCAAGUCGCGCAAAGAGAAGCGCCAGGUUACCAAGCCGCUUGAAGAUGUCAAGCCUGUCGAGAAGAGCAGCUUUGUUCCCCGCCCCGCAUCUUUCCGCGGUGGAGUCCGUGGGGGCGCAGCCCGUGGCGGCCGUGGCAACUAUUCGAACGUUUCUGUUGCCCGUGGCGGAAGGCCCGCAUCUGCAGCCAAGGCUCCUAUUGCCCCCGUGGCUGGCACCGCUUCGACCGCAGAUUCUGCGGCCGGUUGGGAUGCCGAGUCGCCAUCUGAGAGCAAGAGCUCUGCUAGCGCCUGGGAUACCAAGCCUGCUGCCAACAUCCAAGAAUCAAAGCCCAAGGCGCAGACAUCUGCCUCUGUGGCUGCCCCGGCCCCCUCGAUUUCGAAGGCACCGUCCAAGCCCGCCCCGAUGUCGUGGGCAAACAUCGCAAAGAGAGGUGCCAAGCAGGUUUCACCAGAGCCCGCGCCGUCUUCCGAUUCCGAGAAGCCCGCUGAGCCCGCCACGACACACGCAGACGAGUCCAUUCCCGCCAAGGAGACACAAUCAACGGCCAAGUCAGCUGAGGAGAAGGCUGAUGCCGAUUCUACAUCAAAGCCCGCCGUUUCAGAGCAAGCCGACUCUGAGGAGACAGCCGACAUCGUUGUUGUCGAGGAGGCCCACAUAGUUGUCGAGGAGAUUGGGGAGGCCGAGCCCACGGCGUCCGUCGAGCAGCCCGCCGUCACACAGGAGGCCGAGUCUGCGGAAUCAGAGACCGUAGCCGACGAGCCGCAGACCGUACCCGCUUCCUCAAAGAAGCCCGUCUCGAACGUUCGGCGACUUAACCAGGAGGCCCCCGUGGUCAUGCCCACAGGCAGCGCCACGAUUGAGCGCAUCGGCAUGCAGUUUGGAAGCUUGAGCAUUGGCGGCGUCGAGUUUGGCUCAUUGAAGUCCUCAGGCGUUGUGGCCGAAUUGGAGACGCCAGAGGCCUCGGCUGAUGCCGUUGUGCCCCAGGCUGAGAUUAAAGAGGCUGCCCCCGCUUCUGCCCAGGCUCUCGCUGCAGUGGCCGAUGUCGAGACAGCACCCGCGCCUGUGUCUGUCCCCGCGCCGGCGCUUGUUGUGCCUGCUGUCGCGCCCGCUGUUGCCCCACCUGCUGCUGCCGAGCCAGCCGCCGCUGCACCUCAGGGUCCCCUGACUACAUACCUUCAGCAGCAGCAGCAGCAGCAGCAGUACGUCCACUCCCAGGCGCAGGCCCAUCCCAGUGCCAGCGCCAUCAGUCAGAUGCCACUGCCCAACGAUUACGGAGCUGCUGCGCUAUACGGUGCGGAUGCACAGCGCAACAUGAUGGGCUUCUACGAUAACUACGGCUACAACCAGUUCGUUGCCAAUAAGGACGCAUCUGCCGCAGCCACCGAGCCCCAGGCUGCAGCCACCAGUGGCCCUCAGACUGCCGGAAUCAACGGCGCCAACAACAUUGGCCAAGCCGGCCUGUUCCCUCAGCAGAUUCCGCAGCCCUUCGGCAUGAACCACGGCAUGCCGUACUACAACCCGUAUUACUACAGCAUGAUGCAGCCUGGGAGCCAGUUCCCCAACCCAGCUGCGUUUGGCAACAACCCGGCCCUCGCCGCCGCCUACGGCCAGCCGUUUAUGAAGCAGGGCAUGUACCCGAUGUAUCCCGGGACCAACCCGCAGGGUCUGCAGAACGUUGGGUCGCAGCAGCAACAGCAGCAGCCUCAGGUUCAGGCUCAGCAGCAGUCUGCACAGCAGCCCGGCCAGCAGGGUAACCAGGCUCAGCAGCCUACGGGCCAGCAGGGAGCUGCAGGCAACCAGCAGCAGGCCGGUGUCAAGGGAGCCAGCCAGAACAAUGCCGGUAACCCGUACGCCAACAUCAACGCCCAGAAGGCUGGCAACCCGUAUGGUCACUACUCGGCCAACAUUGGGGCUGGCUUCAACGUCUACGAGCAGGACCCCGCUGCGCUGUCCAACUCGCCGCAGCAGUUUGGCCUCGGCGGCAUCCCCGGCAUGUUCUCGGCCUCCAAGACCGGCGGCAAGGAUGCCAGUGCCAAGGGCAUCCCACCGUCCGGCACUGCGCCCGUGAUCGGCGGGACCACUUACUACAGCACCCCGCAGCAGCUUGGCAGCUAUCCCAGCCAGGUCAAUAACACACACCCACAGCAGGGAUUCAGCCACCACCAGCAAGCCUAUUACGCCUCGUAUGCGCCGAGCUAUGGCCAGACCCAGACGCCGCACAUGUACCAACAGCAGCCGCAGCAGCAACAGCAGCACCACCACCACCAUCAGCAGCAGCAUCAGCAUCAGCAGCAGCAUCAGCAGCAGCAGCACCACCAGCAGCACCACCAGCAACAGCCUCCUCAAGGUGGGCACCAGCAGCCUAACAAGCAGUACUGGGAGAAGCAGUAGGAAAUGUUGCUGGUCGGCGACUAUAUGAUGUAAUAACAUGGUGUGUUCUUUCCAAAACUGUCUUUCGUUUCAUUCACACACAAAACACCAAAACGUUUGGUUUCUAAGUUAUAGCAUUUUUAUAUUUGUCGCCUUGCACUCAAUUUCAUGUUGAAUACAAUUUUCUGUACAAAAAAACUACCGGCACCCCAUCUCAAAACCAGUCCAUUUCAAUUAGGCUGGGCCCAGAUCGG